UCUUGGCUCAAGCAAUUGAGUAGUGCGGGGCUCACAGGUCUUGAAAGUUGUGCUCUGGAAGAUGAGUUACGAGCCGAAGAAUAUCCUCAUCACCGGCGGUGCUGGAUUCAUUGCCAGCCAUGUGGCAGAGCAUUUGUUUUUCAAGUAUCCCAAGUACAAGAUUGUGAUCUUGGAUCGCCUGGACUACUGCGCCAACACCAAGAACUUUGAGUCUAUGGCUGGAAAGCCCAACUUCAAGUUCGUGAAAGGCGACAUCAAGAGCCCCGAUCUGAUGCACUAUGUCAUCAAGCAGGAGGAGAUUGACACCGUGAUGCAUUUUGCGGCACAGACCCACGUGGACCUCUCCUUCGGGAACUCAGUGACCUUCACGGAUGACAACGUUUUAGGCACCCACCGAAUCCUUGAAGUGCUCAAGGAGAACAAGAACCAAGUUUUGCGCUACAUCCAUGUGAGCACCGAUGAGGUGUAUGGUGAGAAUGCCAGCUACAGCGAUGAAGCAGACAUGAAGGUGGAGGCGACCUCCCCCCUAGACCCCACCAAUCCCUACGCGGCGUCAAAGGCCGCGGCCGAGAUGAUGGUGAAGUCAUAUCAUCGCUCCUAUGGUCUGCCUGUGCUGGUGACCCGUGGAAACAAUGUCUAUGGCCCGCGCCAGUACCCAGAGAAGCUCAUUCCGAAGAUGAUCAUGAUGUUGCAGAGGAACAAGAAGCUCACCGUGCACGGCGACGGCGUCAGCAAGCGAUCGUACCUGCACGUGAAGGAUGUGGCGGCCGCCUUUGACAUUGUGCUGCACAAAGGUGUCACAGGCAGCACGUACAACAUUGGCACAGCUGAAGAACACUCCGUGAUUGAUAUCGUGAAGCAGAUUAUCCGCAUGAUGAAGCCAGACGUGGAGCCGGAGAAGAUGAUUGAGCACGUGCGAAACCGGCCGUUCAACGACAUGCGCUACUUUUUGGACCUCCGUCAGCUUGAAAGUCUGGGCUGGAAGGAGACGAUCAAGUUCGACGAGGGGCUCAAGCAAACCGUGGACUGGUUUAGCGUGCAUGGCGCCAGCUUCUGGGAUUGCUGCGAUUUGGAUUCAGUGCUGGUAGCGCACCCCGUGCCGCUGGUGGUGCCUGCGCUGGUGGACUCUCAGGCCAGCAGUGGCCAACCACCGGCUAAGAAGGCGAAGAAGGUGAAGUUCUUGGUCUUUGGCAAGACUGGGUGGAUUGGCGGAAUGAUCGGCAAUUUGCUCACGCAGAAGGGCUUCGCUUGGGAGUGCCUUCGAGCGCGAGAGAGCGCCAGGUGGGCGAAUUCCCGACUCCAAGAUCGAGAGUCGGUGGAACGCGAGUUGCUCCACAGCGGCUGCACUCACGUGAUGAAUGCGGCAGGUGUGACUGGGCGACCCAAUGUGGACUGGUGUGAGACGCAUCGGCAGGAGACAAUUCGCGUAAAUGUCAUCGGUACCUUGACCCUGGCUGACCUUUGCGCCAUGCACGGUAUCCACAUGACCAACUUUGCCACAGGAUGCAUUUUCCACUAUGACCAGAGCAAGCCAGAGAAGGUGGAGCGAGACGCCUCCUUGGUGGCCAAGGAUGCGUCCAAGACCUUUAGUGAAGAGGACCAUCCGAAUUUCACCGGCUCGUUCUAUUCAGAGACCAAGGGCUAUGUCGAGAACAUGCUUCGGGAAUUUGAGCAUGUCUUGACGCUGCGUGUUCGCAUGCCCAUCGAUGGAGACGUGCUUUGCAACAAGAGGAACUUUAUCUACAAGAUCUCUCACUACAACAAGGUGGUUAACAUCCCCAACAGCAUGACCGUGCUGCCGGAGCUCUUGCCCUAUGCUGUUGAGAUGGCCCUGCGCAGAUUAACUGGGAUCUACAACUUCUGCAACCCGGGCGCGAUCAGCCACAAUCAAGUCUUGGAGCUCUACAGGGACUACAUCGAUCCAGACUUCAAGUGGGCGAACUUCACCAUCGAGGAGCAGGCCAAAGUCAUCACGGCGGCACGCUCCAACAAUGAGUUGAGCCCACACAAGAUGUGGAAGGAGUUCCCUGGAAUGCUGCCGAUUCGAGAGUCCCUCAUUGAGUACGUCUUCAAGCCACUGCAGACGGAAAAGUCCAAAGCGAAGAUUGGAGUAAAGAAGUAAGUGAGGCGCUGUAGAUGCAUGUGGGAUGGCAGGUAUCAAUGAGUUGCUGGAAGCAAAAGGCUUUCCAUAUCGUAUAUAGAUUGUCCACUAGUUCCAAGUGCGCAACCUGCACUUGUUGGCGGCCCGGCCCUUUGAACAUGUUGGCGACACAUUGCUAGAAAGUCAUUGCAAGAACUGAAUGCACAAGAAGAUUCCGCAAGUGCCAUGUUUAAUGUUCUUGAUGGGAUUUGCACAACUCUUCG